UUUCGUGUUGAUUUUCGUGGGGGACGCACCAUUUUCCGUUUGGUUUGCUGCUCCAGUUCUGGGAACCACCCCCACCAUCGUUUUUGCCGGUCUUUAGCAAUAUGGAGUCGGUAGCCAAGAAAGGCAUGGAAUCCUACAGGUUCGGCAGUGUGGACUAUAUAGUUUUUUUGGGCAUGAUCGUAUUAUCUACCGGCACUGGCAUCUAUUUCGGGUGCAUCAAGAAAAGCAAGAAGAAGCUCGAGGAGGCGGAACCAACUUUACCGACCACAAUGCCAGAAAGGCGAAAAAACGAUUUCGGAUCGGAGAAGAUGAGCGAGUACCUGCUUGGGUCACGCAAUCUAAAAGUUUUUCCCGUUGCCAUGAGUCUAAUAGCCAGCUAUAUAUCGGGCGUUACGAUACUGGGAACUACCUCUGAAAUCUACAAUUAUGGCACGCAAUAUUGGUUUAUAGCCAUUGCAAUCGUACUCCAAGGCAUUGCCGUCUCCUAUGUCUACAUACCCGUAUUCUCGGCUCUUCAAGUAGGCUCUUCCUAUGAGUACUUGGAGAUGCGUUUUCAUUCGGUCAUACGAAGCAUAGCUUCUUUUAUGUUUAUAUUGGAUGAGAUAUUGUUUCUGCCUUUUAUUGUGUAUGUUCCAGCUAUAGCUCUGAAUCAGGUUUCUGGCAUUAAUCUCCAUGUGGUUGCCGUGGUAAUUGUGGUCGUUUGUGUUUUCUACACCUUUGUGGGAGGGAUUAAGGCAGUGGUCCACACAGAUGCCUGGCAGGUGCUGGUGAUGUUUCUUUCCGUUCUUGCAGUGGCGAUAUUGGCAACUGUUUAUGCUAACGGCUUAAAUGUUCUUUUUGACGAUGCCGCCAAGGGCGGUCGAUUGAUUUUUAGCAACACAAACCCCUCGCCAUAUGUUCGUCAUACUGUUUGGAGCGUUCUCAUCGGGGGAUUUUCUUACUGGACAUCUUUUAAUGCCGUCAAUCAGACCAUGGUGCAGCGAUAUAUGUCUCUUCCCUCGCUAAAAAAAGCCCGAGCUUCCAUGGCUAUUUUCACAAUUGGAGUGGCUGCCUUUGUCUCAGUUUGUUGUUAUGUGGGUCUGCUAAUCUUUGAGAUGUACAAGGAUUGUGAUCCUCUGAGUGCUGGACUAAUUACGCACGACGAUCAGCUUCUGCCGCUCUUUGUGGUCCAGAGUGUCGGUCACAUCUAUGGAAUGUCUGGUUUGUUUAUAGCUGGGAUAUUCGGAGCUGCCUUGAGUUCUCUGUCCGUAGUACUUAAUUCCACUUCCUUGGUGAUCCUGGAGGAUAUAGUUCGCGGCUGCUUCAAGAUGCAACCAAGUGAAAGAGCCUCCACAAUUUUGGUCAAGUCAACUAUUAUAGUUCUUGGUAUAGUGGCCCUCUCACUGGUGUUUGUCCUGGAACAACUGAGUGGAAUUCUGAGCAUUUGCACUUCAAUGACGGCCAUCGCAGCUGGAACCACUUUUGGCUUGUUUACCCUGGGAAUGCUUGUUCCCUGGGCCAAUACUGUGGGCACUGCUGUGGGCGGAAUUGCCAGUGCUUUGCUCGCCGGAUGGAUAUCCUUUGGAACGCAGUUUACCAUUGCAGCGGGAGAAUUGAAUUCUCAAAAGCUACCCGUAUCGGUAGAAGGAUGUGUGGGUAAUGUAACCCUUCGGGAAAACUUAUGGGUGGAUGAGGAGCAAGUUUUCCCACUGUACCGACUGUCCUACCACUGGAUAAACCCCAUUGGUGUGGUCACAGUCAUCGUUGUGGGUGCACUGGUCUCCCUUGUGACCAAGCCAACGAAUAUCAAGACUCUGGAUCCCGAUCUUAUAUCGCCAGUGAUUCAUAGAUUUCUCCCUAAAGAGUGCUUCAACGGUCGGAAUCUUAAUGCGCAGGCGCACAAAAACCUUCUGAACGUAUCCUAAAAUAGACAAGCCAUAAUAUCCUGUGCCAAAAUUAUUGGAGAAAUCGAGCUCCUAUACCUGUGGCAUUGUAUUCCUCAUACAUUUCUUGUUGGCCUAGUUCGUAGUUGUAGUUGAUUUAUGGUAGUUACCUUAAAAAUAGCCUAGUCUAGUACAAUGCGAUCCAACUAUUGGAUUGAAAAACACAAACCGAAGUACAGGAACCUAUGAAUCUGCAUCUCCAACUCCAGAGUGCUCAAUCAUUAGCGUAGUGUAAUUAUUGUAUUAUAAUAUAGCUUUAUUUAAUUGGUUUGUUCGUAUCUGUUCUUCACUUUCCAGCUUAUGUUCAAGCAUUAUUCUUUGGCAUUUUCGUUUUGUAGUCAGCAGACUGUGUCUCAUUAUGAAUUCCGUGUGACUUUACAAGCAUAAUGUCUGUGAUAAAUUCAAUAAAUAAAUCAUACACACUGUC